AUGCCGCUGGUGUGGACGCUCUGCUUGCUCUCUGCAACCCCUGGCCAUCCCUCUGCCAACAUCGGAGGGUCGUCAGCUUUCCUGAUCACCACCCCGUACUCACUCUGCAUCUGCCCCGAGGGCCAGAACGUCACCCUGACCUGCCGGAUCAGCGGUCCCCUUGCCGACCACCACGACCUGCUCUACAAAACCUGGUUCUUCAGCAGCAACGGCGACCAGAGCUGCUCCGAGAAGGAACGCAUCCGCAACGUCACCGAGAGGGAGCUGCACCGCGACCUGGGCAGGCACCACGACACGCCGGGCAACGGCACCCACAAGUCCUCGCCUAGGGCGCAUCGCGGGGUGGAAUUUAUCCCUGACCACCACGGUGCCUUUCACAUCGUGGUGAUGAACCUGACGCUGCAGGACAGCGGGAAUUACUGCUGCUACGUCAUGGAGGCCAAGCGGGAGCAGAGCAAGCCCCGCACCUUGCAGAUUGCUCACAACUUUGUGGAGCUGCAGAUCCAGAAAGGCAGAGGAGGGCUUCAAAACUGCACAUUUCAUACUGCUACCAGCAAAGAUAUCACGGCCGCCGCGCUGGCAACCGGUGCCUGCAUCGUGGGCAUCCUCUGCCUGCCCCUCAUCUUGCUCCUGAUCUACAAGCAGAGACAAGCGGUCAGCAACAGACGUGCCCAUGAGCUGGUCAGGAUGGAGAGCAACGCCCAGGGCAUCGAAAACCCCGUCUUUGAGGCGGUCCCUUCGGCAAGCACGGAGCCGCGGCCUCGACCCCAGCUCUCCUACAUGGCCAGCCGGCAGCCCUCCGAGUCCGGCUGGCACCUGUUCUCCGAGCCUGGCACCCCCCUGUCCCCCCCCAGCCCCGGGGACUGCUUCUUCCCGACACUGGAUCCUGUUCCCGACUCACCUAAUUCCUUGAAAGCCUAA